GAAAGUACAGUUAACUUACAGUACAGUACUGUUAGUGAUUUUGUUUGUGUUUUUUAGUUGCACUACGAUUGAAAUUAUCAUUAAUUUAUUUUAUGACAGGAGGAACGCAAAUAUGGAACAAUUCUGUUAUUAAAUAAUUUAAAUAUUAUUGUACAUGGUAUCCAUCUGAGCCGGGUGUGCUAGGCCUCUUAGGCCUAGCUUAUUUUUAGGAAAUGGCCCAGGAGACAUGUCCUGGUAUUCUACAAGAAAAAAUGGAGGAGCAUCCUCUGGAGCAUCCUAGAAUGUUAACUGAUGAGGAGCAACAGAAAUUGGAAAGUGAUUCUGAACUUGUUUCAGAUUUCAAAAGAUGUAAGCUUGAGAAAGAAGCCCAGAAAAACUGGGACCUGUUUUAUAAACGGAACUCUGUAAAUUUUUUUAAAGACAGGCAUUGGACUACUCGAGAAUUUGAGGAGCUAAAAGAACACACAGGUAACAUUGUGAAGAGAUCUCUGCUUGAAGUCGGUUGUGGGGUUGGCAAUGCGUUGUUUCCACUGCUGGAGGAAAAUAAGAAUCUGAUGAUAUAUGCUUGUGAUUUUUCUCCAAGAGCUGUACAGUUUGUAAAGGAUAACCCUCUAUAUAAUGAAUCCAGAGUGAAAGUUUUCCAGUGUGAUCUCACAAAAGAUAAGUUAAAGGACAACAUUCCUGAGGGAACCAUUGAUAUGACAAGUAUGCUAUUUGUCCUUUCGGCUAUUCACCCCGACAAGAUGCCAGAUGUCUUAAAGAAUAUAUUCAAGGUGCUAAAACCUGGUGGUGUCCUACUCUUCCGUGAUUAUGGGCUUUAUGAUCAUGCAAUGUUAAGGUUCUCCAAAGGGCAUAAGAUCAGUGAGAAUUUCUAUGUAAGACAAGAUGGUACUCGUGCCUACUACUUUACAACAGAUUUUGUGAAGCGGUUAUGUCAAGGAAACGGCUUCAUUAUUGACAAGAAUGAGUAUGUGCUUAGAGAAACUGUUAACAAGAAAGAAGGUUUAUGUGUACCACGCGUGUUUGUGCAAUCCAAGUUUAUCAAACCAAACACAUCUAUAUCUUGAUAUCUGCUACAACCAUGAAGGGCAGGUUAUUAGGCAUUGUCUUAGCACCAAUCAGAAUGCAUGGAAUAUUGCUACUCUGUUACUCUGUGUGUGUAUUUCAAGGGAUGGAUAUGCAGCUAAGAUUUCCUUUCACCUAGAG